CGGCGGGCGGGAAGAUGGCGGCGGGCGGCGGGGGCGGGGGCGGCGGCGGCGGCGGCGGCCCUGAGGCGCCAGGUUGCAGCCCUUGCUGUGCCCCCCUCGGGGAGCCCUGAGGGCCCCACACGCCCCCCGAGAUGAGCAGCAAGGACCCCCCCGAGGUCUCAGCAGAGAGGGGACACCUGAAGGUUUUCCUGCCCCGGAAGCUGGUGGAGUGUCUGCCCAAAUGUCCCGUGCUGCCCAAGGAGCAGCUGCGCUGGAACACCAACGAGGAGAUCGCCUCGUACCUCAUCACCUUUGAGAAACACGACGAGUGGCUCUCGUGCUCCCCCAAAACCAGGCCGCAGAACGGGUCGGUGAUCCUGUACAACCGGAAGAAAGUCAAGUACCGCAAGGACGGCUACUGCUGGAAGAAACGCAAGGAUGGCAAAACCACCCGCGAGGACCACAUGAAGCUGAAGGUGCAAGGAGUGGAGUGCCUGUACGGCUGCUACGUGCACUCGUCCAUUGUGCCCACCUUCCACCGCCGCUGCUACUGGCUGCUGCAGAACCCCGACAUCGUGCUGGUGCACUACCUGAACGUGCCGGCCAUGGAGGAGUGCGGCCGGGGCUGCGCCCCCCGGCUCUGCAGCCCCCCGCUCUGCUCGGGGGCCCCCCCGCUCUGCGACCCCCGCGAGUGGCUCAAGUGGUCCCAGGAGGAGCUGGUGGCUCAGCUGCGCCCCAUGUUCCAUGGGGUGAAGUGGGGCUGUGGCAAUGGCGGGGCCGCCCCCGGGCUGUCCCUGGAGCAGCUGGUGCAGCACGUCCUGGAGAGGCACCAGGCCCGGCCGCCCCCCCGCACCCACGCCUGCCUCUGCGCCGGGGGGCUGGGCACCCCCGGCCAUAAAUGCAGCAGCACCAAGCACCGAAUCAUCUCCCCAAAAUUGGAACGGGCGGGGGUCGCCGCCCCCCCUGGGGACCCGCACCCCAAACCUGCCCCCUCCUCCCCGGACACCACCCAGCCCUCCCCGGCGCCCCCCGAGGGACCCCCGCGACCCUCCCCAUUUCCCCCCUCCUCCUCCUCCUCCUCCUCCUCGGCGGGUGCUGGGGGGGCUCUGCCCCUGCUGGUGGUCGCCAAUUUAGGGGGUGGGGGCGCGGCGGCGCCGGGGGGUCCCGAGCAGCCCCUGGGGCUGACCCCGAGCCAGCACCUGGUGGGGACCCCCGAGGGGUCGUGCCCCACGGCGCCGCCCCCGCUGCAGCCCCCCGCCGCUGCCUUCGACCCCGACUGCUUCCUCAACAGCCCCCGCCGCGGGCAGACCUACGGCUGCGAGGCCGACCCCCCCCCUGGCGCGCCCCCCCCGCUGCUGCUGGGGGGCGGGGGCGACACGGGGGGGGUCCCCCCGACCCUGCGCGACGCCCCCCACGCCCCCCCCCCUCACCAGCUCCCCUCCUCCCCCUCGGGCCCCCCCAGCGACCCCCCCCCCGCCGUGGCCAUCACCGAUUUCUCCCCGGAGUGGUCGUACCCCGAGGGCGGGGUCAAGGUGCUGAUCACGGGGCCCUGGGGGGACCCCGGUGCCUCCUACUCGUGUCUGUUCGACCGCACCUCGGUGCCCGCCGCGCUGGUCCAGCCGGGCGUGCUGCGCUGCUACUGCCCCCCCCACGAGGCCGGCGUGGCCGCCCUGCGCGUGGCCUGUCCCCCCCAGCUGCUCUCGGCCGCGGCCCCGUUCGAGUACCGGGCACGGGGGGCGGCCCCCGGGGCACAGCUGGACUGGCUGGCGCUGGACGAGGCCCAGUUCCGUCUGUCCAUCCUGGAGCGCCUGGAGCAGCUGGAGACGCGUCUGGGGGCCCUGCCCCCGCCACGGGGGGCUCCCUCUGAGACCCCCCCCGAGCAGGGGCCGGGCUCCUCCUUCGAGGCGCGGGUGGUGGCCGUCUGCGAGGCCAUGAUGGCGCGGCCGGGCUGGUCAGCGGGGACAGCGCCGGGGACAGCGGGCACCUCGCUGCUGGCGCACGGGGUGACGUUCCGUGGGAUGACUCUGCUGCACCUGGCGGCUGCCCAGGGCUACGCCAGCCUGGUGGAGGCUCUGCGGCGCUGGCGGGCGCUGGCAGUUGAGAGCCUGGAGCUGGAGCAGGAGAUCGACCCCCUCAACGUGGACCAUUUCUCCUGCACCCCCCUGAUGUGGGCGUGCGCCCUGGGGCACCGGGAGGCGGCGGAGCGGCUGUGCCGCUGGGACCGGCGGGCGCUGGCCGUCCCCGACACCCUGGGCCGGCUGCCCCUGGCCCUGGCCCGUGCCCGCGGCCACCUGGCCCUUGUCACCCGCCUGGAGGAGCUGCAGGUGUCACCCGUGUCCCCUCGCUGCCACCUGCCCGGCCUGCGCGUCCCCUCCCCGCUGUCUGCCAGCCCCGACACAGGGCUGAGCACAGCCAGCAGCCUCUCGUCUCCCUCGGGGCUCUCCGAGGGUCCCGGCUCCGUCCCGCUGCCCCCCGGCCCCCCCGGGCCCCCUGACGAUGACGCCUGGGGGGUGGCAGUGCCCCCCAGCCCCCCUGAGGACGCCCUGGCCCCGCCCUCUGACGCCCUGCAGGCCGAGGUGGUGACCCUGGCCCGCCAGAUCAUCGAGGCCACCCCCGAGCGCAUCAAGCAGGAGGCGCCGGGGGGGCCCCCGGGGACACUGGGAGCACUGGGAGCACCGGGGGGGACCCCGGGCACAGCGGGGCCAGCGGGGCUGGGCGCUGCCAUGGCCUGGCUGGCCACGUACCUGGAGAGCGUGGACCGGCCCCCUGCACCUGGGCACAGGGCAGAGGUGGCUUCCUCGCGGGGGUCCCCGGGGGUCCCCGAGCGGCCGCCCCCCCCCUCGGCGGCGGGCUGGGCCGAGUUCCUGAACGCCUCCGGGGGGGCCCGGGGCGAGGGGGGGGCCGUGGCCCUGCUGACCCUCAGUGACCAGGAGCAGCACGAGCUCUACGAGGCCGCACGGCUCGUCCAGGGGGCCUUCCGCAAGUACCGGGGCCGGAGGCUGAAGGAGCAGCAGGAGCUGGCGGCCGCCGUCAUCCAGCGCUGCUACCGCAAGUACAAACAGCUGACCUGGAUCGCUCUGAAGUUCGCGCUGUUCCAGCGGAUGACGCAGGCCGCCAUCCUGAUCCAGAGCAAGUUCCGCAGCUACGCGGAGCAGAAGCGCUUCCAGCGCCGCCGGCGGGCGGCCGUGCUGAUCCAGCAGCGCUUCCGCAGCCUCCGCCAGCACCGGAGCACCUUCCUCACCCUCAAGCAGGACCAGGCAGCGCGGAAGAUCAUGAGGUUCCUGCGGCGCUGCCGCCACCGGAUGGAGGAGCUGAAGCAGAACAAGGACGUGGAGAGUUUACAGACGCGGGGCCUGGCCUCGUGACCCCCCCACGGGGUUGGGGGACCCUCAGUGCCCCCCCCACGGGGGGAGCUCCCCUCGCUGUCCGCCCUCCCCAGGUGUGUCCGUGUGUCCGGCUGUCCCCGUGGGGAGGGGCAGGAGGGGGCAGAGCCGCCCCGCGCCCCCUCCCCAUCGUCUCCCGCCCCUCCCCCG